ACAACUGUUUAUAGAUACAAAGGCUGUUCUUUUCAACUACAAAACAUUUACUAUUCCCUUAGUUUUUUCUUUUUCUUUUUUUCUGGGUAUUGUUUGUUUCAUCAGAAAAUAAAAAAAGGAAACCUGCAAAAAAUCAGAGAAACAUGGGUUUAUGGGAAGGGACUUAAAUUUGGGUUUCAGCAGAAGAAAGAGAAGGUUGGGCAUGGCGGCGUUGGCAGAGAAAAAAGAAAAAGAAGCUGUAAAUUCUUUAGUUGUUUCUUAAAUGCUCCUUUUUCUUGCGACAAAACACAGUUUAAGUUGUAAAAGCAAAAGACACAAGGGGCAUCUUCUUCUUGUUUCUUUUCUUGGGUGUUAUUUGAAAACCCAACAUGAAUUAAUUCACAAGAGAAUUGUGUUAGAGAGGAGUUGUUUGAUAUGGAUUGUAUAGAGGUGAAACAACAACAACGACGACAACAACAAUGGCAGGGUUUUUUUUAAGAGGACAAGAUCAACAAGACAACAGUUCACCACCAACUGAUCAAACUGAAAACUGGUUUUGGUGUAGAAAUGAAGAUAUUCCUUACAAGGGUUUUGAACUAUGGCAACAACAACAACAAGAACAACAACAACAACAUAUUUACAUGUCUGGGUUAGGUGUUGGUGGUCCUAGUAGAGGAUCAUCAAAUUUCAUGAUGAUGACAAGCGGCGGUGGUAACGACGGUGGUGGUGGUGGUGGUAAUACUAGUGGUAUAAGUUGCCAAGAUUGUGGUAACCAAGCUAAAAAAGAUUGUCCUCAUAUGAGGUGUAGAACAUGUUGUAAAAGUCGAGGUUUUGAUUGUCAAACACAUGUUAAAAGUACUUGGGUUCCUGCUUCUAAACGCCGUGAACGGCAACAACAACAACUACUUGUCGCUCCACAACAACAUCAACAAUUUGUUCGUGCAGAACAAUCUAAAAGACAUCGAGAGAAUCCAACGGGGUUAGAACUGGGGAAUUUUCCAGCGGAAUUGAGCUCGGAAGCUGUGUUCCGAUGUGUAAGGGUUAGUAACGUUGAAGACGCCGACGAUCAGUAUGCUUAUCAAACGGCGGUGAACAUUGGUGGACAUGUUUUCAAGGGAAUUCUUUAUAAUCAAGGCCCUGAAACUAACUACGACAUGGCAGCAGCAGUGACAACAACAACAGCUGGUGGUGUUGCAACCACCGCUGCAACCACCGCAAGCGGCGGUGCUUCUCCUUCAUCUACGACACCGUUUAUAGACCCUUCUUCUCUAUAUCCAACACUCAACACUAAUUUCAUGGCUGGUACGCAGUUCUUCCCAAAUCCAAGACCCUAAAAAAACCAAAGAAAAAAAAUAUAUUAUUCAUGACAUUAUGUUUAUGAUACAUCCACCAUUGAUCUAAGGAGUUGAUGUUUGUUUUUUUUCUAGUGAAAAAAAUUUGAACCCUUUUGGCUUAAAUCAUUAAAUAUAAAUUCUAAUUCUUCCCUUACAA